CCCGCUCCGAUAAACAAAAGAAAUCGCGCGAGCCGCACCCUUUGUCGUUUUCGUCUUGGACUCGGAGAAAACCGCGUCCCCGUCGAAACCCUAGAUCUCCUUCCCGACGCCGCCAUGGAGGACGACGAGUACCAGGGCAUGGAGCGCUUCGACAUGGAGAACGACUUCGAGGGGGGGCGCUGGAUCGGCGGCGAGUUCUACUACUCGCGCCGCAGGGACCGCCCCGUCCAGUCCAAGGACGACGCCAUCCUCGGCGUCUUCGCCGCGGGCUCCAGCGACUCCGACUCCGACUCCGGCGGCGGCCGCCGCCGCUCCCGGAAGCGCCGCCGCGGCGACGUGAUCGGCUCCAAGGGGGACCUCACCAAGCCCGUGCACUUCGUCUCCACCGGCACCGUCAUGCCCAGCCAGGAGAUCGACCGCAGCGCCGACGACGACCCCGACCCCGCCGACGAAAACCCUAACCCUAGCCAGGGCCUCGGCUUCGGCCUAGGGUUCCGCCCCGAUCCCGAGAAGAAGAAGGCCCCCGCGGGGCGCGCCGACGAGGACGAGGACGAGGACGACGACGACGAAGAAUCUUUCCUUCCCACCGCGUUUGGGCGUAAGAUCAAGGAAGGGGCGGAGCAGAGGAAGAAGGAGAGGGAGAGGGAGAGGGAGAAGGAGAGGGAGCGAUCCAACUCCGCGAAGAAACCCUCGGGGAGGAGAGACGUCGCGGGCGCUCAAGAGAUGGCUAGGUUCGAGAGCCACACGAAGGGCAUCGGAAUGAAGCUCAUGAAGAUGAUGGGUUACAAAGAAGGGACCGGUUUGGGAAAGAACGAGCAGGGCAUCGUCGCCCCGAUCGAAGCCAAGCUCCGGCCCAAGAACAUGGGCAUGGGAUUCAACGACUACAAAGAGGCCAAAUUACCCGUCCUCGAAGCGCCUUCUACGCAGGAGAAGGCCGCCGCGUCGGCAUCCGACGGCCGGUCGAGGGAGAAGCUGUGGUUGAAGCAGAAGCAGGGGAGGAAGAAAGCCGAGGUCUUGACCAAGGACGAGUUGCUCGCCAGGAAGCAGGAGCAGAGCGUUGAGGUCGUCCAGAAGGUGCUCGAUAUGAGGGGCCCCCAAGUCAAGGUCUUGGCGAGUCUGGAGCAUUUGAACGUCGAGGAGCAGAUGCUGGAGAACGAAGUGCCGAUGCCGGAGCUUCAGUACAACGUGAGGCUGAUCGUCGACACGACGGAAGUCGACAUACAGAAGCUCGAUAGGGAUCUGAGGAGGGAAAGGGAGAAGGUAGUGAUCCUGACGAAGGAGAAAGAGAAGAUUGUGAGAGAGGAAGCGAGACAGAGGCAGCAGUUACAGGUCUUGGAGAGUAUCGCCGAUGCCCUCCAGCGCGUGAGAGAGGCGAAUUCCUCGGGGGACUUGACUCUGGAUUCGCUGUUGAGGACCUUCGCUGACCUAAAAGAGAAGUUUGGCGAGGACUACAAGCUGUGCAGUUUAUCAUCGAUCGCCUGUGCUUUCGCCUACCCGUUAUUGAUUCGCGUGUUCCAAGGCUGGGAGCCGUUGCAGAAUCCGUUACACGGGUUGAAGCUCAUGUCUUCGUGGAGGGAUUUGCUGCAGGGAGAUCAACCCGACGGUCUGUUCGCCGUCUCCCCGUACGCGCAGCUGGUCAGCGAGGUCGUCUUGCCAGCUGUUAGGAUAUCGGGGACGAACACGUGGCAGGCGCGGGACCCGGAGCCCAUGCUUCGUUUCUUGGAAACGUGGGACAGAUUGCUGCCUCCCGUUGUUCUUCAUUCCAUUCUAGAGAAUGUGGUUAUGCCGAAGCUCUCCGCCGCGGUCGAUUCAUGGGACCCGCGCCGUGAGACCGUCCCGAUUCACGCGUGGGUUCAUCCCUGGCUCCCCUUACUCGGUCAGAGGUUGGAGACUCUCUAUCACACGAUUCGGUACAAGCUCGGUAGCGUUCUUCAUGCCUGGCACGCAAGCGAUGCGUCUGCCUACGCUAUCCUCUCUCCGUGGAAGGACGUCUUUGAUGCGGCUAGUUGGGAGGAUCUUAUGGUGCGCCACAUCAUCCCGAAGCUCAAAAUGGCCCUGCAAGAGUUUCAGAUAAACCCGGCCGAUCAGAAGCUCGACCAGUUCAACUGGGUGAUGAUGUGGGCGUCGGCUAUCCCGACCCACCACAUGGUCCACUUGCUGGAGGUCGACUUCUUCAGCAAGUGGCAGCAGGUCUUGUACCAUUGGCUCUGCUCGAACCCCGAUCCCGGCGAAAUCCUGCAGUGGUAUCUGGGAUGGAAGGGGCUCUUCCCGCCUGAAUUGCUCGCCAACGAGCGGAUUCGUGAGAUACUAAAUUCUGGGCUCGGCAUGAUGGGUCACGCUGCAGAUGAUUCGCAGUCGGUUCAACCGGGGGCUAGAGAGAAUGUUAGCUUCCUAAGAGCAACCGAAAAGAGACAAUUUGAGGUUCAGCAACAAGCGGCACAGUUUUCUAGCGCUGGCACGCCGGAAAUGAGCUUCAAGGAGAUGGUACAGGCGUACGCUAUGGAAACGGGGGUGCUAUUUAUGCCUAGAGUUGGUAAAUUCUACAAUGGUCUUCCGGUGUAUGAAUUUGGGGGCGUAAGCGUUUGUAUAGAUUCCGUGAAGAAGCGGCUAUAUGCGCAAGUGCAAGAGGGGGCUGAGGUGUGGACCGCAGUGAGCAUGAUGGAGUUGAUGGAAAUGAAUCGCGGUGCCAGACCCCGUUGAGAGAUAUGAGGAAGCUCCUGCUCAUCUCCUUGUCACGAACGCACAAAAGAGAAGGAACAAAGAUGCUCAUCUCAUUGUCACACACAGAAAAAGAAGGAACAAAGGGAUUUGAGAUUGCGGAGUUUAUUUCGCAACUAAGUAAAUCCAACCCAACAGUAGAAAAUGGCGCGGGUGAGGUUGUUAAGUUCCAAGGUGCCACCAUUGAAGAAAGGAAGAAUUUGUUAACAGAGACAAACACACUCUUCCGGAUGGGUCUCAAUGUGUUGCUCAUUACAUAAAACGUCGAAUAUAUUUGCUUGGAGGAAAAAUUGUUCAGACGUUUGUCGUAUAGUUUUAAGUAUUGAAUCUUAUAUCCUUCUGUUCGAGCGUGCUGACAGAUACUGGUUUAUCUUCGCAGGGAAAGUUGGGUCCAGAUGAGUACAGCUACGAUGUGACUUGCGUGAAUUGCCGGCUGUAGGUGUAGCCCUAAUUCGGAACUCGUUUAGGAUUCAAAUGGUCUACAAUUGGAGACCAUUACAUGGGCAAUAUCAGUUUAUAUGUAUUGAGCAUCUGUCCCUCUCAUACAGUGUAAAUGAAAGUUUCAGCAAUGUGAUUAGUGAAGAUGGUGCUUGCUUUCCUCAUGGAAAUGACCAUUUAAUUAUACGAAAAGCUUCAGAUUAUCCUAUUGUGUAGCCUGAAAUUACUCUGCUGCUUGAUGGUUUGAAUUGUAAUGAUAAUCUCUGUGAAACUGCAUGGGGCGCUUGUAUGCGAAAUUAUUAUAUUAUCUGAUUCUUUCUGGUUAUAGUUUAUGUAUUAAUUUUGGAUU